AUGGAUUUAGAAAAGAAAGACUAUACUUUCGAUUAUGAUGGAGAAAACUUUACCAUCAUUACAGAGGGUGGUAUCGAGCUUGUUGGAUGCCAGUGGCUCCCUAAAAAUCAAAUUGUCCGAUAUGUAAUUAUCUUUUUCCACGGUCUUGGAGCAUUUCUUUCAAUGAAUCGCACAUUCUUUCCAAAAAUACUUGCUGAUGGAGGCGCAGUUUUUGGAACUGAUCAUUUAGGACACGGUCGUUCACCUGGCGAUCGUGGAAAUAACACAACAGAGCAUCUUCACGCAGAACUCGGCAUGCUUUUACAGAGAGCUAAAGCAGUAUUUCCUAAUAUUCCUGUUUUUCUUUACGGACAUUCACUUGGAGGAGUCACAUCGAUCUCUUACAUUUUAACUCAUCCUAAUGAAUCAAAUUGGCUUGAUGGUGUUAUCAUAGAGGCUCUAUGGAUUGCUACACAUGAGAGUUUAUCAAAUUCUUUCAUACAUAAAAUCCUAGCCAGAUUCGGAAGAUAUAUUUUCCCAACUCUUGCAAUCUCAACAGGAUCAGAUCCUGACUCAUAUCCAUAUCCUAAGAAGUUUGUUGAAAAAUUUUUGGCAAGUAAUCUUCCUCAUGAUUAUAUUACACCACAACUCUUCGCAUCAGCAUACGAAAUGCAGACAAUCUGCAAAACAGAAUACAAAAAGUGGCCAAUUGGGCUUCCUCUCAUGUUUAUGCAGGGAGGAAGAGAUAGUUCGGUUGGAACUCAGACAAAUUACGAAUGGAUUGAUCAUAUUCGUGAUCAAGUUGGUGCAAAUGUACACGUUGUCUAUCAUGAGAAAGCAGAACACUGCAUGCUUCGAAACAUUGAAGGAAGUGUUGUUCUUGAUCAAGUUAUUGCCUUUGUUAACUUAACAUUAGCAAGGAAUCCUUUUGAUUCUGUUUUAUAA